ACAGGGCUCGGCUUGCAGCCACUGGGGAUAAAUAGGGACUGAGCCGGCGAGUGGCCAGAGAAAGCCACAAGUGCGGAGAGAGGAAAGGCAAGGCAGCAUCUUCGCGGGAAGCAGCAGCAGCAGCAGCAGCAGCGUUAGUAGCAGCUGAGGUUUCUCCUUCACCUUCCAGCCCACUUCUUCCAAAACAUGGACUCCCAGAAAGCGCUGCCCAGCAUCUUGCUGCUGCUGCUCCUUCUGCAGCUCCCAGGCAGCUUCUCCCAUCCCCUGGAGGGACCUCGCCAGGUCCGGGAGCUGACCGGGGUCCAGGAACUGCUCUACAGACUAAAAGACAAGAUCUCAGCUCUGGAGAAGUUGGAUUCGGAGGAGCCUGAGCAGCGGAAGCAAGAGACUCGGGGAGAAGUCCGGGAGAACAGAAAGCUUCAACAGCAGCCGGUGCCAGAGCGCAGCCGUGACUAUAGGCUCCCCGCCUUCCAGGCCCUACAUGGUCUGCAGACCCCCAAAGUGAUGCGGGGCUCAAGCUGCUUUGGCAGGAGGCUGGAUAGAAUCGGCUCUCUCAGCGACCUGGGGUGCAAUGGUGUGUCAAGAAGAAAUUAAGAAGUCCCAGCUGCCUACUUCCUAACAUCUAAUUCUUGGGGGCUUUUCCGCCCCCUCAAAAUGACGCCUAUUUAUUUAUUUAUAUUUAUUUAUUUAUUUGGUUGUUUUGUAUAAACUGGUUUCUUAUUUUUGAGCAUGAAAAAUUCAUGAUUAAAUAAAACCAGCCUAAUUUCUUUUUUAUUUUGGAGUUAUUAUUCUUGGAGCAUUAAAAAAAAAUCCUUUACUAUGCUCAA